AUGUCUAUCAUUUCUCUUAUAGAUGCCUCUGGUGUCUUGCGGGCUAUGAACAUUAGGACCAUUCAGGAUCUUACAGUCGGUUUCAUGAGUCCAGAAGACUUGAUACCCAAGCCUGUACUCGACUUCAAUGGUAUUGGUACAAAACGUAUAGAUGGCAGUCAAAUCACUGCUCGAUUCACUCCAGUCCUGCACGCCUACAUUACGUCGGACUGUCAAGAGGCCGCAAUCAUACGAGCUGCCAUCGACACCUCUACGAUCUGGCCGGGCUUGCCGAGAGCACGACUUGGACCCUUAAACGCGACGCAGCCACUGGACAUUGCGCCUUCGUUUUAA